AUCAUAUUUCCUGUUUUGUGCCGGUUACCCGCCUGUACAGCGCGAAGUUUUCUUCCCCGGCGAGACGGCGAGCUCCGAGAGAACUAGUGAUGCGAUAUAGGAUCUUCAUCUAGCUACGAACCCUUUCAAAUUGAAACUUUAAUCUCUUCCCUUCAUCAACAAUCUGAAUCGCCCGCCAACAGGUGGUAAGACGCCAGCAACACCAACCAUGGCAGAAUCCCUAGAUACUCUUCCCCCCGUCUCCACCCUCCCCUCUCUCCCCACUUCCACGCGCGCCCAAAUACUCGAUCUUCUCUUCGAGCCGUCCCAAGCUCUGCACACCCUCUCUCUUCCGCUCACAUCCACAGAGAGCACUCAUUCCUUCCGUACGUACGAUGACCUAAUCGCCGCGAUUGGCAUACAGCUUACUGAGCUCGCCGAGUCGGCCUCCACCAGCGACACCGAGUGGCUCGAGCAGAUCCUGGGCUCUCACCCUCGGCUAGGUGAGAAGAAGGUUGACUCUAAGCUGAGCCGGAUGGAGCAGGCGGCGAUGGCGAAGGCGAGCGGCGAUCAGAGAAGCGAGGCCGAGAUCGCGGCCGAGAUGGAGACGCUGGCGAAGCUCAACGCCGAGUACGAGGCGCGGUUUCCUGGGCUGCGCUACGUGUGAGUUCUCUUUCCUUCGUCCCUUUGGACUGCUCCUCCUGCCGUCACGGUAUUGGUUGUUUCACGUGCUGAUCGGUGUCCUUUUUCACGUUCGCAGCGUGUUUGUCAACGGUCGUUCGAGACCUGUCAUCUUUGAGGACAUGCGGCGGAGGAUCCAGCGGGGUGAUAUCACUGCCGAAAGGAAGGAAGCCAUCAAGGCCAUGUGCGAAAUUGCAUCGGACCGAGCGAGGAAGCUCACGCGGCUUUGAAGCAACGAGGAAAAAUGGAGCCUGGUUAAGACUCUGGUAAUGACUUCAUUUUACGUGAUAUAUUUAUGCACCUCAUCACACCCUCGCGGGGUGGCUUCUUAGAUAUCGCCCUAAAGCAAAGAAAAAUAUAAAAUAAAAGAAGUCGCUAAAUAAUACACCGGCGCUCAACUUAGAGAAGUGCCAAAGUGAGAAAAUGGAUCUAAUCUAACGCGCGUCGUCCAUGUUUCCC